CGAGCGAGGAGGGGAAGUGCUCGUCACAACGGAGCGGGUCGCGCAAUUGGUCCCCGUCGGCGUCCAUCAUCAUUCCUGUCGGCGACAAGAUGAGACCACUGGGGUUGCUGGACUACAUCAUAAAUGCCGAAUUCUUCGCCCAAGGCUGCGGGUUUCGUUGCCGUCUGCGUUCAUUGGCGAUGGACAGGCGGCAGAUCCAGGUGAGCGACGACGAGCUCGAACCGCUGAGAGACCAGACCCGGAGGAGGAGGAGGAAGAAGGCCAUCACCUCGUCCUCCUGCACCUCCAUGGACCAGAUAACCGUUGAGUUCUUACUGCCCACCGUGGCGCGGGGCGGGAGCAGCCCGGACUCCCUGCAGCUGGAGGUGGCCGGAAACUGGACGGUGGAACAGGUGAAAGCUCAGGUGUGGCUGAAGGCGGUCACUUUAAACAUCUGCCCUGACUUCUACCAGCGGCUUUCUCCUGACCACUGCAUCCUGCUCUACCAGAAAAAGGGAAAUGUUUGCGAGAUCUAUGACAAGCACCAGGUCUUCCAGACGUUAGACUGCAUUCGCUACUGGAGAGCCCUGAAGAAGGACAUGGGGCGAAUUCAGCUGGUCCCCCGUCCGCAGCAGUCUGACGAGUCCCUGCAUUACCAGCGCUACCUAAACUACCUGAUAGGCUACGACGUGACCGACGUCAGCAACGUUCACGACGACGAGCUGGAGUUCACGCGCAGGAAGCUGCUGACGCCGCGGCGUAUCGAGCUGUCCGAUCGAUGCCCCAAGCUCUACUCAAUGGACCCCUGGAUGACCCGCAAGCCACUGCCUGAGCACCUGCUCUCCAAGGUCAAUAACGGCCACAUCCUGGUGGUGAUCCACAUCGGCACAGCCAGUCAGACCAUCAAGGUGUCCAUCGACGACACGCCGACCCAGGUCCUGGUAAGCUUUUUCACUAAGACGGCUAAUAAGAGAGCUCUGCUGGGCAUCCCUGACAACAUGUGCGAGUCAGACUUUGUGCUGCGCGUCUGCGGCAGAGAGGAGUACCUGUAUGGAGAGAAACCUCUGCAGAACUUUAACUGGGUCCGGCAGUGCCUAAAAAAUGGGGAGGAGAUCCACUUGGUUCUGGAGACACCGCCUAAUCCCAGUCUAGAUCAAGUUCAGAAGGAGGACUGGGCCCAGGUGGACGACUGCACUGGAGUGGCAGGCACCCAUGAGCAGCUGACCAUCGACGAGAAGGACCACGAGCGAGUGUUCACAAUCUCUAUGUGGGACUGUAACAGGAAGUUCAGGGUCAAGGUGCUGGGGAUUGACAUCCCAUCCCUCCCUAAAGUCCCAGAGUUUAUUGUUUACAUUGAGGCCAGCAUCUUCCACGGGCAGCAGCUCUUAGCCCAGGAGAGGACGACCUCCAAAACGUUCAGUGAGGAAGUGCUGUGGAACUGCUGGUUGGAGUUUAACAUUAAGAUCAAGGACCUGCCUAAAGGAGCACGCCUCAACCUCCAGGUGGUCUGUGGGAAGCAACCUCAGACACCAAACUCCAAAGCAGGUUCCUAUCAGGAUAAUACAUCAGGAACCGGCAGCCUUGAUGGGAAGACCAAGAGUCGCCUCCUGUACUACGUCAACCUGCUCCUGAUCGACCACCGCUCGCUCCUGCGCCAGGGCGAGUUCAUCCUCCACAUGUGGAAGAUGCCGGAGAAGAGCGAGGAGAGCAGCAGCAGCAUCAACGCCGACAAGCUCACGUCGGCCACCAACCCGGACAAGGCGUCCUCCAUGGCCAUCGCCAUUUUGCUGGACAAGUACUGCUAUCCUGUGGUGCUGCCCAAGAGCAGGGACGUGGGCCGGGAUUGCGGCGCCGGGGGUGAGGAGGCCGAGGGAGGGGAGCGAGGCCACAGAGAGAUGCCGAACCACCUGAAAAAACAGUUUGAGGCCAUUGUGGCCACCGACCCCCUGCAUCCACUCAGUCCUGAGGACAAAGAACUGCUGUGGCACUUUAGGCAGGAGUGUAUGCGAGACCCCAGAGCCUACCCGAAGCUGCUGGGAUCAGUCAGGUGGGGGAAACAGGAAGAUGUUUUGGCGACACAUCGUCUGCUGGAGCGUAGCAGUGCAUGGGACACCAGUGGCCUGGACGUCGGUCUGGCCAUGCAGCUGCUUGACUGCCACUACUCCGACGCUCAGGUUCGCUCAAUGGCCGUCAGGAAACUGGAGACGCUGGAAGACGAUGACGUGCUCAGAUAUCUGCUCCAGCUUGUUCAGGCGGUGAAGUUUGAGCCCUACCAUGACAGCGCUCUGGUUAGGUUCCUGCUGAAGAGAGCCCUGAGGAGUAAGCGUAUAGGUCAUUUUCUAUUCUGGUUCCUGCGGAGUGAGAUCGCCCAGUCCAUGCACUACCAGCAGAGGUAUGCCGUCCUGCUGGAGGCCUAUCUCAGAGGCUGCGGUGAAGACAUGCUGCAGGACUUCAGGAAACAGGUGGAUGUGACUGAGGCUCUGCAGAAAGUCACCCGCGAGGUCAAGGCCAUGUCUGCUGACAAAUAUGACGUCACAGCACAAGUGAUAUUUCAGUUGCGUCAGAAGCUGGAAACUCUGCAGUCGUCUGGUAUGCCGGACAGUUUUAGAGUCCCUUAUGAUCCAGGACUAAGAGCUGGAGCCCUGCUGAUUGAGCAGUGCAAAGUGAUGGCGUCUAAGAAGAAGCCGCUGUGGCUGCAGUUCAAAAGGGCCGACCCCACCACUCUGUCCAAAGACCCCAUAGGCAUCAUCUUCAAAGACGGUGACGACCUCAGACAGGACAUGCUCAUCCUGCAGAUUCUGCUGAUCAUGGAGUCGAUCUGGGAGACGGAGUCACUGGAUCUGUGCCUCUUACCGUACGGCUGCAUCUCCACUGGCAACAAGAUAGGCAUGAUUGAGAUCGUCAAGGACGCCACCACCAUCGCUAACAUCCAGCAGAGUGUUGUGGGAAGCACCGGAGCGUUCAAAGACGAAAUCCUCAGUCAGUGGCUCCGGGACAAGUGUGUCAGCGAGGAGAAGUUCCAGCAGGCCGUGGAGAGGUUUCUGUAUUCAUGCGGUGGAUACUGUGUGGCCACCUACGUCCUGGGUAUUGGAGAUCGCCACAAUGACAACAUCAUGAUCACUGAAUCGGGGAACCUCUUCCACAUCGACUUUGGUCACAUCCUGGGAAAUUACAAGAGUUUCAUGGGAAUCAGUAAGGAGUGGGUUCCCUUCGUUCUCACACCAGACUUCCUGUAUGUCAUGGGAACGUCGGGGAAGAAAAUUAGCUCCCACUUCCAGAAGUUCCAGGACGUCUGCGUGAAGGCUUACCUCGCGCUUCGGCAUCACACCAACCUGCUCAUCAUUCUUUUCUCCAUGAUGCUGAUGACCGGUAUGCCCCAGCUGACCAGUAAGGAGGAUAUCGAGUACAUCCGCGAGGCCCUGACCGUGGGCCGCACAGAGGACGAGGCGCAGCGCCACCUACUGGACCAGAUAGAGAUCUGUAGGGAGAAAGGCUGGAUGGUUCAGAUCAACUGGUUUGUUCAUCUGGUGCUGGGGAUCAAGCAGGGGGUGGAGAAGCGAUCCACUUAGGACACGUUCAGUUAGAAAACUGAUUUCAUGAGUCUUACAGUUAAAGUAGCACAAUACUGAAAAAUCAGCCACAUGCUGAAAAUAAAUGCACAAAAUAAUGUUUUUAAAAUACCUGCUUACAGAGCCUACAAAUGCAUUUUGGAUUUUAGAUCUUAAUAUUUUUUAUAAAGAAUAACGAGCAGAUUUACAACUAACACGUUUGUGAUGUGCCUGAAUUUAAAUGCUGUGGAAGACAAAACCAAAUCAACCGAUAACUCAGUACUGGAACUGGGACAACACAGGAGCUUCAUAUGAGGUAAUAAAGAUGACAAGAAGAAUAAAGAGCCAACAGGACUCUUGCUGAAUUUGAGCAGAAAAUAAACUGAACUUAGGAGCGUUUCAUUGAAUAGACCAAGUUUUGUUUCAUUUCCCUAAAUCAAUUCCACCAUUACAAAUAGAAGCCACCACAAAUUACCUCGCAUUUAAAAGGUCGUAAAAAGUUUUAAUGAGUGUGUUGCUAUUUGGCAAUAUGAGAAACCUUUCAAAAGUAGAAGCGAAAAGUAGAACACAUUCAUUUAAGGAGUGGAUGUCUAUAAUGUUUACAUUCAUCUUUUAAAAAAGGAACAUCAAGCUACUUCCUGUUUCCUGUUGUCUCAUUGAAACUCAUUUUGUACAAACGUUUCUCUCACAUUUCCGUCAAUAAUCAGCAUCUUUAAAUGUCACACUGAUUUAUGGAUGUUUAGCUGAAGCAGUGUUACAACAGUUUCCUUCCUCUCCACAAUAAGUAGCUAGUUAAAUGUUUUUUUUAAGGUUAAUUGACUGGUAUCCAAAAAAUGAAGUCAGACAUUUAUCGCUAAACUAUUCAAGAUGAGAGAUUUAUUAUUUAUAUAGGACCAUUCCUUCUAUUUGCACUAGUUGUUAAUGCGUUCUUGCAAAAUUUUAAUUCCGAAAAUAUGCAACUGCUGUAAAAUCGUUGAGUAGCUGCACAGCUACGUAAUACUGUUACUAUGACUACUACAGUGACUCUCAGCGCGUGCUGGUCGGUGCUGUUUUAACUUCUUCUUUUGUUCACAACCAAAGGGUCUGGAAUAUUUUGAACUCUAAAUGAAAACGGUGAAAAAAAACUAUUUUUAAUUUUCUAUGUGAGGGUAUUGUGCCUUAAAGUGUAAAAAAGAGUAGAGAUGGAGACAAAGCACAUGUUCCAGUUUAUAAAUACAUUCCGAAAUUUAUUGAACAAGAAGAAGGAGGAAAGGGUCUGAGUGUAACUGAUGCUGGUGUUGAGGUUAAAAGCUAUAAUAAGCAGGUUGAAAAUCAGUGUUUGUUUGCCUAAAAACUUGUUGGAAAGAUUGCAGUUUUGUACUAAAGCUUUUUAUGCCUGUAAAUGCUUUCAAUCGUUGAUACUGGAAAAAUGAAAUGACUGCACCAUGUUCGCUUCUCUAUGUUAUUGUGUCGGACAAUUAAACUCAUGCUACAAAUAUA